UCUGAAUUCGGGUACUGCGGAGGGAAGCGUGGAAGGCUGUCAUUUAGAUGUUGAUAUGUAAAGCAAAAUGGCAAAAAUCAACACCCAGCACUCCUAUCCUGGUAUACACAGACUGUCUGUCAGAUCUACCGACGAAGAUAUUGAAAAUGGCUGUAUCAGAACCCAUUCACUGUGUGAGGAUGCAUCUUCAGAACUGCAGAGAGUCAUUUCGGUGGAAGGAAGACAUCUGUCUGAAUCCCAGACGAGCUCAUUCAAAGGCAGGGGAGCAAUGGCAAGACUAUCACGAUUUGUCGUAUCUCUGAGGUCAUGGGCCACAAGACAUUUGCACCAUGAAGACCAAAGACCUGAUUCUUUCCUAGAACGUAUCCGAGGGCCAGAGCUCAUAGAGGUGUCCAGUAGGCAAAGUAACAUCCGCUCCUUUCUGGGUAUCCGUGAGCAGCCUGGGGGAGUAAACAGUCACUGGCCCUUGGCCAGGUUUAAUGUCAACUAUAGCAACAACACCAAUGAAGACAAAAAGGAAGAAAAGAAAGAGGUUAAAGAGGAGAAAAAAGAGGAGAAAAAAGAGGAAAAGAAGGAGGAAAAGAAGGAGGAAAAGAAAGAUGACAAAAAAGAUGACAAAAAAGAUGAUAAAAAAAAGGAAGAGAAGAAAAAAGAGAUCUUUGUGAUAGAUCCUUCAAGCAAUAUUUACUACAACUGGCUGACCAUAAUUGCAGCACCCGUGUUUUAUAACUGGUGUAUGCUAGUGUGCAGAGCCUGCUUUGAUGAGCUACAAGUUGACCAUAUCAAAUUAUGGCUGUUCUUGGAUUAUGGCUCGGAUAUCAUCUAUAUUCUUGACAUGUUUGUCAGAUUCAGGACAGGCUUCCUUGAACAAGGCUUGCUAGUUCAGGAUGAAAAGAAAUUACGAGAUCAUUAUACCAAAACGACGCAGUUCAAACUGGAUGUGCUGUCUCUUCUGCCAACAGACCUGGCAUAUUUGAAGCUUGGUUUGAACUACCCUGAACUGCGAUUUAACCGCUUGCUGAGGAUUUCUCGGCUUUUUGAGUUUUUUGACCGUACAGAAACCAGGACAAAUUAUCCAAACAUGUUUCGUAUUGGAAAUCUUGUCUUAUACAUUCUUAUCAUCAUCCACUGGAACGCGUGUAUAUACUUUGCAAUUUCAAAGCUCAUUGGAUUUGGAACCGACUCUUGGGUCUACCCCAAUGUAUCCAUUCCAGAGUAUGGGCGCCUGUCUAGAAAGUACAUUUACAGUCUGUACUGGUCAACGCUCACGCUGACAACCAUUGGAGAAACACCUCCACCAGUGAAAGAUGAAGAGUAUCUCUUUGUGGUCAUUGACUUCCUGGUGGGUGUGCUGAUCUUUGCUACCAUUGUCGGUAACGUGGGCUCCAUGAUUUCCAACAUGAAUGCCUCCAGGGCAGAGUUCCAGGCCAAGGUUGACUCCAUCAAACAGUACAUGCAUUUCCGAAAAGUGACUAAGGAUUUGGAAGCCAGGGUUAUUAAGUGGUUUGAUUACCUCUGGACCAAUAAGAAAACAGUGGAUGAGAAGGAAGUUCUCAAAAAUCUGCCUGACAAGUUGAAGGCUGAAAUUGCCAUCAAUGUCCAUUUGGACACACUAAAGAAAGUGCGUAUAUUCCAGGAUUGCGAAGCUGGACUCCUUAUUGAGCUGGUGUUGAAACUGAAACCUACGGUCUUCAGUCCUGGGGACUACAUUUGCAAAAAGGGAGAUAUUGGGAGAGAAAUGUACAUUAUUAAAGAGGGAAAAUUGGCAGUGGUGGCAGAUGAUGGCAUAACCCAAUUUGUAGUCCUAAGUGAUGGCAGCUACUUCGGUGAAAUCAGCAUCCUAAAUAUAAAAGGUAGCAAAUCUGGCAACAGGAGGACAGCCAACAUAAGGAGUAUUGGUUAUUCUGAUUUGUUCUGCUUGUCUAAAGAUGAUUUAAUGGAAGCCCUCACAGAAUAUCCAGAAGCCAAAAAGGCUCUGGAAGAGAAAGGGCGACAGAUUCUGAUGAAAGACAAUUUAAUAGAUGAGGAAGCAGCAAAAGCAGGAGCUGACCCAAAAGACUUGGAGGAAAAAGUAGAAAGACUUGAAACAGCUCUGGAUACGCUGCAGACUAGGUUUGCGAGGCUCUUGGCAGAAUACACCUCAUCUCAACAAAAGGUGAAGCAGAGACUUGCCAGAGUAGAAACCCGAGUGAAAAAAUAUGGUAGUGGCACCUUAUCAGUUGGAGAAACAGAGGCUGAAAAACCUGAGGAGAAAAAGCAGUAAUGGAGUAUUUAUAUUUCCUCAUUUAUUGAAGAAGGGUGAAGCAUGUGAAAGCCAUAAAUGUAUGUAAAUACGUGUGUCCAUACAUAGACAUGAUUAUUUUUAUAUGAACUCUGGAGAAUGGUUUUUAGUAUUUUUAACUGAAGCAGUAUUUUCUUGUAAAUAGAACUUGGUCACCUUCUUCUUAGGGGGACAUUUGGUCUGGCAUUUGGGUACCUUUUUGUACUGGGAGGGAGUUUCUCACAAGUCAUACUCAGCAUGUCAGUGUAUGGUAUGUGUAGGUCUUGACACAUUGUCUUUUUCUAUGCAUGUUGCAUUACGAAGGCAUUGUACUUAAAGUAGAAGGGAUUG